AAAAAAUUGUAAAGCUUUUGGUUAUUUUCUUUUUUUUUUUUAAAGAAAAAAAAACCCCUACAAAGUGAUAUUUCAAUAUCACUGAUAUUUAAUCUAAUCGAGAUAUUUAAAAAAAAAAAUUUAUUUUUUCUCAAUGUUUUAAAAAGAAAAGAAAGACUUUUUCCCCCUUCUCUCUCGUUCUAAAAGAUUGUUGGUUUUAUUGAAGUUUACUACACACCACUGUCCUCUGCUACUAUUUGACUUUUGACUAUAUAUAUACACACACACACACACACAUAUAUAUAUAUAUAUACCUAUAUAUAUAUAUCUAUAUAUAUGAACUAAUUUGUCUGUUCUUGGACAAAGACAAAAAGAAAAAGGAAAAGGUGUGUGUAGUGGUGGAUUUCAGGCAAGUAGUGAACGUGUGAUUGUAAAUUAAUACCUGUGGGGUAAAUAACAGUGAAUUUGUUAAAAAAAUUUGUUUUGUUUAUUUUUGUGUGAGAAACAGAGAGGAGAAGAGAAGAGAGGAAGAAAGUCUCUGGCAGCAGAAAAACGGAUAAACGGCAACUAACGGCAUGGCGAGACUCAGCGAGACUUGGCGUGACUCCACCGGAGUCAAGAUGGCGGCCAGCUGUUGCGGGGUGAAGAAACAAAAGCUGAAUAACUCUAUGCCGGCUAUUUGCUGCAACGGAUCGGCCGUUCAUCCGAAUCAUUACAAAAAUGGAUACACAGUAGCCAGUGCAGAUAUGUGCUAUUUUUGUUUUGAUGUGCUGCACAGCCAUUUAUACAAUUAUGAUCCGCCCAAAAGCCCGUCUUUCACCAACGACCCUUACCCGUUAUUUGUAACUUGGAAGAUCGGCAGGGAUCGGCGCCUUCGAGGAUGCAUUGGAACAUUUUCUGCUAUGAACCUCCAUAGCGGUCUCAGGGAAUAUGCUGUAACUAGUGCUAUGAAGGACAGUCGGUUUAAUCCCAUCACUAAAGAGGAAUUUCCCAAACUGCAUUGCUCAGUAUCAAUACUCACUCAUUUUGAAGAGGCAACUGAUUAUCUGGACUGGGAGGUUGGUAUCCAUGGAAUACGUAUUGAAUUUGUUAAUGAGAAAGGCCAUAAAAAGACUGCCACGUAUCUACCUGAAGUAGCUAUAGAACAGGGUUGGGACCGUCUGCAGACAAUUGACUCCCUGCUGCGGAAGGGUGGCUACAAAGGCCUGAUCAGCACCGAGGUGCGCAAGAACGUGCACCUGACCAGAUAUCGCAGUGAGAAGGUGACUGUCAGCUACAGUGACUACGUCUCUCAAAAACAGAACAGCCAUGCAUGAUAGUGGUGUAUGGCUGCACACAUGCGCAUGCACACAGACACAUGCACCGACCAUCAACACGCACACAACUACACACUGACAUGACGUGCAGCUCUCCUGGACGUGGAACGGAGACAUAUGUAUGGAUGCACACAUACGCACACACACACACACUCAUGCACACACACACUCAUGCACACACACACACCAUACUUGCGCAUGUAUGCACUCAAGCCUGCGUGCACUCACUUGCAUAGAACACACCUGUGUACAAAUACACACACACACACAUGUAUGCAUAUAUAUAUACACACACACACACACACACACACA